CAUCUUGCUGCGGUUGCUGUGUAGUAGACUAUCUAUCCGCCCUGUGGGUUGCGGAAGCAGUUAUCCGGCUGGGCCUUGGGUACCUUUUAAAGGAAAAGCCCGACUGAUGCGUAAAAAGACAUCGAGCUGCAAGAAGCACUCAUAAUGUACUCUGAGUGGAGGACUCUGCACCUCGUCAUAAAAAAUGACCAGGGUAACACCAGUGUGCUUCACUGCUAUCCUGAGAACGUGGGCCGAGAAGUUGCAAAUUCAGUGGUUCGACCACUGGGACAAGUACUUAAUACUCCCUCGAGCAUCGGAAAUGAAAGCAUUUUAAAAACCGACAAGGAGGUAAAAUGGACCAUGGAGGUGAUAUGUUAUGGGCUCACAUUGCCAUUGGAAGGGGAUACUGUAAAGUUUUGUGUUGAUGUUUACACUGAUUGGAUGAUGGCCCUCGUGUCUCCAAAGGAUUCCAUUCCGCAGCCAGUUGUCAGAGAGCCCAACAUGUAUGUCCAAAUCAUUCUCAAACAUCUACAGAAUGUCUUUGUUCCAAGGCAGGACUCAGCAGGGAGUCAAAGUAGACUUUGCCUGCAAGUUCUACGAUCUGUCCAGAAGCUGGCCAGGGAUUCAGCAAGCAUGACCCGUGAGACCUGGGAGGUUCUGCUCCUGUUUCUUUUGCAAAUAAAUGACACCCUUCUGGCUGCUCCCACGGUGACAGGUGGCAUUGCAGAGAACCUGGCUGAUAAGCUGAUUGGUGUGCUCUUUGAGGUCUGGUUUUUGGCCUGCACACGCUGCUUUCCCACUCCACCCUACUGGAAGACAGCCAAAGAAAUGGUGGCCAACUGGAGACACCAUCCUGCUGUGGUAGAGCAGUGGAAUAAAGCCAUAUGUGCUCUUACUUCUAGGUUGCUGCGUUUCACCUACGGACCAUCAUUUCCUCCUUUUAAGAUUCCUGAAGAAGAUGCCAGCCUCAUCCCAGCUGAAAUGGAUAAUGAAUGUGUGACACAGACAUGGUUCCGAUUCCUUCACAUGCUAAGUAAUCCUGUGGAUCUAAGCAACCCAAGUAUUAUAGGCACAACACCCAAAUUUCAGGAGCAGUUCCUAAACGUCAGCGGGAUGACUCAAGAACUGAACCAGUAUUCCUGUCUUAAACAAUUGCCCCAUAUCUUCUUCCGAGCCAUGCGUGGGGUUAGCUGCUUAGUGGAUGCUUUCUUAGGAGUUGCGGUUUUUAAGAAAAUUGGGUUCCAAAGAUUACCUUACUAUGGUAUCUCUCGUCCCAGGGCAGACAGUGCCCCUCCUACGCCAGUAAACCGGCUAAGCAUGCCUCAAAAUACAGUCGCCAAUACCACCCCACCACACAACAGAAGGCAUCGUGCAGUCACUGUGAACAGGACCAUUGUGAAACCCAGCUCAGCUAGCACUACACACAGCACAAGAGUCCAACAACAGACCACUUCCACCUCUCCUCUGUCCAGCCCAAACCAAACCAGCUCUGAGCCCCGUCCUCUACCAGCCCCUACAAGGCCCAAAGUUAAUAGUAUUUUGAACCUGUUUGGUUCCUGGCUAUUUGAUGCUGCUUUGGUUCAUUGUAAACUGCAAAAUGGAGUUAACCGGGACAGCAGCAUGACUGCAAUAGCCACACAGGCCACAGUGGAAUUUCGUCGGAAGGGAUCCCAGUUGUCCACAGAUACAAUGAGCUCAAACACCAUGUUUGAUGCUAAUGAAUUCCCAGAAAAUUACGAGGCAGGACGGGCCGAGGCCUGCGGCACUUUGUGUAGAAUAUUCUGCAGCAAGAAGACUGGGGAGGAGAUAUUGUCUGCUUACCUUUCCAGGUUUUACAUGGUUUUGGUCCAGGGGCUGCAAAUAGGAGACUCUAUCUGCCAUCCUGUACUUGCAAGCAUCAUCCUGAACUCCCCUCCUCUCUUCUGCUGUGAUCUCAAGGGUAUUAACGUGGUGGUUCCUUACUUCAUUUCUGCACUUGAAACUAUUUUGCCAGACAGGGAACUUUCAAGGUUUAAAUCGUAUGUAAAUGCGACAGAACUGAGGAGAUCUAGUAUACACAUCUUGGUAUCACUGUUGCCUCUACCACACCACUUUGGAACUGUUAAGUCUGAGGUGCUGCUGGAGGGAAAGUUUAGCAACGAUGAUAGCAUGGGCAGUGAUAAACCAGUGACCUUUCUUUCCCUGAAGUUGAGACUGGUCAAUAUUCUUAUAGGAGCGCUACAGACAGAGACUGAUCCCAACAACACUCAAAUGAUUCUAGGAGCCAUGCUGAACAUUGUUCAAGACUCUGCAUUUUUGGAAGCAACUGGCAACCAGGUUGAAAUGAUAGAAAAUAAUCUGCUGAAAAGCCACAGUCGGACCAACAGUGGAAUAAGCACAGCGAGUGGUGGCAGCACUGAACCCACUACACCAGACAGUGACAGACCAGCACAGGCACUAAUGAGGGACUAUGCUCUUCAUACAGAUACAGCUGCCGGUCUGCUCAAGCGCAGUAUUCAUCUGGUCACCCAGAGGCUCAACUCUCAAUGGAGGUCGGACAUGAGCAUUUCAUUAGCAGCCUUAGAACUACUGUCCGGUUUGGCCAAGGUAAAGGUUGCUAUAGACUCCUCAGACAGGAAGGGAGCUGUGAGUUCUGUAUGUACAUACAUUGUAUACCAGUGUUCACGACCAGCCCCGCAUCACUCCCGCGAUCUGCACUCCAUGAUUGUAGCUGCAUUCCAGUGCCUGUGUGUCUGGCUCACAGAGCAUCCAGACAUGUUAAAUGAAAAGGACUGCCUGAAGGAGGUGUUAGAGAUUGUAGAAUUGGGUAUUUCUGGCAGCAAGUCAAAAACAUCUGAGCAGCAGGAGGUACGUUAUAAAGGUGACAAGGAGCACAAUCCGGCCUCUAUGAGGGUGAAGGAUGCUGCAGAAGCCACAUUAACAUGUAUCAUGCAGUUGCUUGGGGCAUUUCCACCUCCAAGUGGUCCAGCCUCCCCUUGCAGCCUAGUGAAUGAGAGGACCCUGAUUACCUACUCCAGGCUGCCCACUGUGAGCAAGUAUAGCUUCCGCUAUUUUGUCUUGGACAACAGUGUCAUCCUAGCAAUGUUGGAACAACCACUUGGCAACGAACAGAGCAAUCCCAGUCCAUCCAUCACUGUUCUGAUUCGAGGCAUGUCAGGACGCCACGCCUGGUCCAUGCAACUGUGUCACCUUCCCAGAGCAGCAAGAGCCAGUCAGAGGAUGUUUAUUCCCGAGAGCAGGCCGGAGCCAAAAAGCAAUGUUGGCAUUAAGUACAAUGUGAAGCAUCGUCCAUUUCCAGAAGAGGUGGAUAAGAUCCCCUUUGUUAAAGCUGACCUAAGCAUUCCCGACUUGCAUGAGAUUGUUACAGAAGAGUUAGAAUUAAGGCAUGAAAAACUGAGGCUUGGAAUGUCGAACCAAAUCCAAUAUGAGACAACACUGGACAAGGCGAAAGAGGAGGAAUGGAGGAAGAAAAACUAUCCAGACCCAGUCACUGAGUGCAAGCCUCCAUCUCCAGCACAGGAGUUCCAGACCGCACGCUUGCUGCUUUCACACUUUGGAUUCCUAUCUCUUGAAGCACUGAAGGAGUCUACAAAUAGUCGUCUACCUCCUCACCUCAUUGCACUUGACUCACACAUGCCUGGUUUUUUUGAUGACAUUGGGUAUUUGGAUUUGUUGCCCUGCCGCCCUUUUGACACCGUUUUUAUUUUCUACAUGAAGGCUGGUCAGAAAACCAGCCAAGAGAUACUAAAGAAUGUGGAGUAUGCCAGUAAUGUUCAGCUGCACUUUCUGGAGUUCCUCCUUUCCUUGGGCUGGCCUGUGGAUGUAGGGAAACACCCAGGGUGGACUGGUCAUGUUUCUACCAGCUGGUCAAUAAACUGCAAUGGGGAAAAUGACCAGCAAGAUCAAGAGGAUGUUACUUCCACAAAUGAAACCGGUGGAAGUGUUUUCAACGGAGAGAAGAAAGUUUUAUACUACGCGGAUGCAUUGACCGAGAUUGCAUUUGUUGUUCCAUCCCCCACAGAGUCUCUGCCGGACUCCUUGGACAGUACUGUGUCUGAAACUGAUGGAGACUCAAAUAUGGAUCUUCUGCCUGGGAUACUAAAGCAACCUCUAACCCUUGAACUAUUCCCUAAUCACACAGAAACCCUGAACUCUGCACAUCGGCUGAGUCCAACAUCUCGCACUAAGAAAUUACCACAGGGACGUACAGUUCCUCCCAUGGGUCCAGAGACCAAGGUGGCAGUUGUGUGGCUAGAGCAGUAUGAUGAUUUAGACAACUUCCCAUUGUCUGACCUAGUGGCAGAAACCAGCACUGGGAUUGAAACCACUACAAACAGCAGCACCUCUCUCAAAAACAGUGCACCUGAGAAAGAAGUGCCAGUGAUAUUCAUCCACCCCUUGUACACUGGUCUUUUUCGGGUCAAGGUGCAUGGAGCUUCGGGGAAAUUUAACAUGGUGAUUCCCUUGGUCGAUGGAAUGGUGGUUAGCAGAAGAGCCUUGGGCUUUUUAGUAAGACAGACAGUGAUCAAUAUAUGCCGGAGGAAAAGAUUAGAGAGUGACUCCUACAACCCCCCACAUGUGCGACGAAAGCAGAAGAUCACAGACAUAGUCAACAAAUACAGAAACAGACAGUUAGAACCUGAGUUUUACACAUCUCUUUUCCACGAUGUUGGCCUGAAAAGCUGCACCCCUUAAACCACAGCCCCUAAUGGGGCUCCACGUGAAAAGGGAUUACACUGAAUGGACAUCUCCAGUAGUAUCUGGAAACCAAAAAAAAAGAGCUGAUGCACUGAAUGUGUCAUGGAGAAGCCUCUGUAACACACCACCGAGAAAUCCAAACUGAAAUUGACUCUCUGGAUUAACAUAAAGGCUUGCGCUAGCAAUGAAUUUGGCACCAACCACCCUCUGUAGAUUCAUCUGUUAUGCCGCAUGUGGAUCAUCUUACAAUCAUUUGCCUUCUGGGCUACCUGAGAACCAAGAUGAACCUGUUUACUGAAUCUUGUAUUGUAGAUGCAUUUGCAGUCCUUUAAUGGCUAAUGGUCUACUGAAUCCAUUAAUUGAAAGGACUGACUAAAUUGAUAUGAGAGGAGUCCAUCUAGGUAGGGUAUAAAAGGAAUGAUAUCCCAUGCAAACAUGCACUGUGUUAAUAGACCACAUCGUGUAGAUAACACACCUGUUCUGCAGGAGAAGGGCAGCCUGUUGGUAAAUUUGCAGUCUUCUGCUAGCAACCAAGGAGAUCGUAAGGAAACUUUUUUUAGCUGAGGUUAAAGUUCAGUACUCACAAAAUGUAUGCAAUCCUUGUUUUUCACAGACAAACAUAUCUGCCAUAGUAAUUUCUCAGCAGACCAUAUGCACCUUACACUUCAAUUGAACUAUUUCUUUAUCUCACUUUAGCGAAUGAUAUGAGAACAUAUUUGUAAUCUUCAGGGUUAUUUCCAUUUAUCUCCUGCUGGAAGUAUGUAUGUGGUUAUUAUUGGGCAGUGCCUCUAAAGAGACUACCAUAUUAAACAUGGCUUCUGCAUAUUUAUAUUUUAAGUAGUCUGACACUGCAGUUAUGUGUGUGUGUUUGUGUAUUUUAAUUUCACUCUUCUUAAUCUAAGAACUGUUUUUUUUUUGUUUGUUUGUUUUUUGUGUGUUUAGUUAUGACUGAUAAUGUUUUAUGUGUUUGCUUAUUCUGUUAAACCAUUGGUCAUUUUUGAGUAGUGUAAUGGUUGAUGAAACACAUUUUUCUGGAUCACAAGUGGUUGCAUUCUAGAAAGCCAUCUUCUCUAUCAUGUAGGGCAUGCUUCCCCAAACUCUGGCCCUCCAGAUGUUGCUGAACUACAACUCCCAUGAUUCUAUAAAUAGUUCAGCACCAUCUGGAGGUCCGGAGUUUGGGUAGGCCUGAUGUAGGCAAUGCCCAGGUCAUAAUAUCAGUCGAUAUUUGUCAAUGAAGAGAAAAAUGUAGGACUGCACUUUUCAUGCUUCUGCCACUACCCAUAAGUUUUAAAUAUUUUGGGAAGUGUGAACCUCUGGAAAUUGUUUUGUGACAAUCUUAAAUAGAUGUGUCUGCCUUUCAAGUUCCAAUUUUUUUUUUGUUUGUUUUUUACUGCAGCUGUUCAACAAGAAAACACUCUAUAUAAGGCUUAUACUUGUAUCAAGCCAGAAAUAUUUCUCUAAUAUAUCUUUUAGAUGCUUUCAAUUACUUGAAAUCACUAUACCUUUUGUAUUUUCUGGAUUUGACAUUAUAUAGAAAACUCCACAAUUGAACAAUGCCUUGUUCUGUUACCUCUCCAGCAGUCUUCUUCAGAGUCAGUUGUACUAAGCACAGCCAAGCUACUUAUUUGCAUCCUACUAUAAAAUCACAUUCAAGCAUUCUUUCUAAUAUAGGCUCAUAUCCGAAGAUCACAUCUAGAAAAAUACAUAAAAUGUGGUCAUGGUUGCACCAACCUAGGCAAUGGUUCAAUCACUUCUGGAUGUGACACCUGUAACUUGACCCACCAUUUUCAAAACAAAUCCUUCCGUCCCUGUACUCUGCACUGUAGCUCUGGACUCCCCAUGCAAAUUUCCAGCCUGCUUAGCCUUUAUCGUAUUUAUUAAUAAAUGCAAUCUGAAAUAAAAGUCUUUUUUUUUUCAAACCUACAUGAUUUACAAAAAAAAUUCCUAAAUUCCUUCAACGAUCUAGGGUGAUCCAAAUUAUGUACAUGCAGAGCCAAAUGCCAGGAAUUCACACUUUUGCUGUUCAGGGGGCUGGUCCCUCUUUAAGGGUAAAUAGUCUAAGCAUAUUUGACAUUUAAAUGUACAUACAUUUUGUUAGAUUUAGCCUUCAAUUUUUUAUUUUAUUUUUUAUUUAAUUUUUUGCCUGAAAUACUUUUCACUUAAAAUUUAGGCACGUGGCAUUUUGUUUCCGAAUAUAUUUCAUAUUGUUCCU